AUAGUGUUUGUGUUCCCAAUCAGUGGCUGACUCUUGAAAUUCAGUUUUAUUUGUAUUCUGAACCUGUUCUGGAAAAUGAUGUCUCGGAUCGGAGUUGCCGUUUGUUCUCUCAAUCAGUUAUCACUUGAUUUUGACGGAAAUUCAAAGAGAAUUAUCCAAAGUAUCAAAGAGGCCAUCGAUUUGGGCGCUUCCAUACGAGUGGGACCUGAGCUCGAAAUCACUGGUUAUGGCUGUGAGGAUGCCUUCUAUGAAAUGGACACCACUUAUCACUCGUGGCAAGUAUUGGCACAAAUCAUUGAACAGGACUUUAAGGAUAUUCUCAUAGAUAUUGGAAUGCCAGUUCUGAAGGACUCCGCUCUCUAUAACUGUCGUAUUCUUCUGCUUAACUCCCAAAUUGUUUUAAUUCGUCCGAAAACAAGAUUAGCAUUGAAUGGCAACUACAGGGAAAGUCGAUGGUUUACAGCUUGGGAUGACGGCUCCCAGGGCUUAAUGGCCUGGUAUUCAUUACCGCCGCUGAUUACUGCAGUCAACGGCCAAACAAGAGCUCCGUUCGGAGAUAAAGCAGUCUUAGAGUUAACACUAGACUCGACCCACUCUAUGGUCAGCGCCUCUACAUUCAGAAUAGGGUUUGAAAUCUGCGAAGAGUUAUGGCAUUCAGACGCACAACAUAUAAGCCUUUACGGCAAAAGGGGCUGUCAUUUGAUACUAAACAGUUCAGCCUCUUAUUGGGAGAUCCGUAAACUUUGUCGAGUUUUGGAUCUAAUGAAGAGCGCAACCUUCAAGUCGGGCGGAGUCUAUGCCUUCGCCAACCAAAUUGGUUGUGACGGCGGCGGACGCCUCUGUUUCUAUGGCCGGAGUGUUGUCGUCAUGAAUGGAGACCUCCUGACUAUGACUAGUGAUAGGGAAACGAUGUUUAAUGAGAUCCAGACUGCGAUCGCAUAUAUCGAUCCCAACGAUGUCACGCAAUACAGGCUCCAGAAUAACAUCAAAACUCAAACCCACAAAAUAAUGGGAAAUAAUUUGAUUUUUGACGCUUCAAAAGGAAAUAAUUAUAAUAGUCUUGACUUAAAUAUACAGCAAAUCAUUACCAUUAAUAUAAAUGGAUUUAAUAUAUUGAGGACAUCAAACACUGUGCAAAAACCCAUUUCUAUGAAUCACUUGAAUCUGAGGCCCGAGCAAGAAAUAAUGGUCUACUGUUCCCUAUGGCUCUGGGAUUACUUGAGGCGUUGCAUCAAACGAGGUCUCGAGGGCUUUAUUGUGCCCCUCAGUGGGGGCUUAGACUCGAGUUCUGUUGUAUGUCUUGUCUAUUCUCUCUGUACUUUACUUCACCAACAAAUCACUCUUAAAAACACACAAAUUAUAGAUUAUUUGAAGAUUGUAUUCAAAGAUCCCGAUGUAAUCGAUAAAAUUCAUUCACCGAAAGAUAUUUGCAAUAAACUCCUGAAAUGCGUUUAUUUGUCCACAAGAUAUUCGGGUCAAGACAGCUAUGAUAGGGCCAAGAGUUUAGCCCAGAGUGUGAACUGUCGCUUCUUCGCUCACAAUUUUGAUGAUAUCUUCAAAUUAAUUGGGAGUUCGGUUCCGACGGAGACUUCAGUUGACGAGAAUGUAGUGACUCUGCAGAAGCAGAAUCUUCAGGCGAGACUCAGAAUGGUUUUGACUUACUAUAUGAGUGAAGGCAAACGACUCGUGUUGGCCACCGGUAAUGUAGACGAGGCUCUGGUCGGGUAUCUCACCAAAUAUGACUGCUCUUCGGCCGACCUCAACCCCAUCGGUUCCAUCAGCAAAAAUGAUUUGAAAAAUUUUAUGCGUUUUUGCAAAGACUUUAUUCCCGACACUAAUAAUGCCAUCAAUAGAAUAGUGGACGCGAUUCCCAGCGCAGAGCUCACCGGCGAAGACCAGAAGGAUGAGGAUGACUUGGGUCUCACUUACGAUGAAUUGAGUGUUUUCGGGAAACUAAGGAGAGGCCAAUUCGGUGCUUACGGUCCAUACGGCAUGUUCUGUAAACUAUGGGAGGAGAGGCAUUGCCAUCACAUCAGUUCCGUCAUCAAAGACUUGAGUCAAACCACAUCUCCGGAAGUGAUCGCAGCAAAAGUCAAACGAUUUUUCACAUUAUAUGCAAAUAAUCGACACAAACAAACAGUAUUAACGCCAGCAUUACAUUCGGAGACCUAUUCUCCGGAUGACAAUCGCUUCGAUCAAAGACAGUUCCUCUUUGAUCCCGAAUGGAAGUUCCAAUUCAGACAAAUCGAUAUUAGAGUUCAACAAAUCAAUCAAAACAAAUUGGACUGA